AUGCAUUCAAUACCGUCUCUCCCAAUAUUCCUUUGCCCUGCGCUCGAUCGCACCACGACCGCCUCCACCACCUCAAUACCACGGCGGCUCCGUUCAUCGUAUAUUACCUUAAGUAAGCGAUCUAUCUCGAGUCACUCGCAGAGGCUAUCCUCGUCGCAAUUUCAUCGUUCCGACUUUGCAAAUCAACCCUUCACCGGAACCUACGAGCCAGGCUUGCCUACAUCUGGCCCAUUAGGUGGAGCUUCGAUAUAUGGCACUCCUCGCCUGACUCCUAAACUUCUGAAACAGCAUCUUGAUCAGUUCGUCGUCGGUCAAGAACGAGCUAAGAAGGUCCUGAGCGUUGCUGUAUUCAACCAUUAUCAAAGAAUACAAGAGCUGCAACGACGGGAGGAAGAGGAGGAAGAGCUGCUUGCACAAAGGGAAAGAAGAGAGCGACAUCCUGUCGAGAAUGAGUUCCCUGGUCAACAACCCACAAUCCGCAUGGGCGGACCCUCAACUACGCUCAAUCCGCGGACAGGCGGCUCGCUCUUGGUGGAUACAAGUCCACUGACCCUAGAGAAGUCAAAUAUCUUGCUUCUUGGUCCUAGCGGUGUGGGAAAGACUCUGAUGGCAAAGACUCUUGCUCGAGUUCUUUCUGUUCCCUUUUCAAUGUCUGAUUGCACACCAUUCACUCAAGCUGGAUAUAUUGGCGAGGACGCCGAGGUUUGCGUUCACCGGUUGUUAGCCGCAGCGAACUAUGAUGUCGAAAGAGCUGAGCGUGGCAUCAUAUGUCUGGAUGAAGUCGACAAAAUAGCAACAGCGAAGGUCAGCCAUGGCAAAGAUGUGUCAGGCGAAGGCGUUCAGCAAGCACUUCUGAAGAUCAUCGAAGGGACUACCAUCCAAAUCCAGGCAAAACCAGAGAGGAAUGCUCCUCGAGCGGGUGGCCAGUCACAGACAUAUCCCACGAACAGUCCUUUGGGCGCCGGCUUCUCUUCUGGAUCAUCCGGGGCCUCGGCCGCUCCAGCAAAAGGCGAGGUUUAUAACGUUCGGACGGAUAAUAUCCUCUUUAUCUUCAGUGGUGCAUUCAUCGGGCUUCAAAAGCACAUCAUGGACCGGUUGACCAAAGGGAGCAUUGGAUUUGGCGCCAGUGUACGAUCCAGCUCAAAUCUAAUCUCCUACAGUCGUGAUCAGAAAUCUACCACAAUUACUCCGGUUCCCAUCUUGCCGGGAUCCCAGGAAGAGGCUCUCUACAAGAAACAUUUACCCUUUUUCACCCCGGCGCCAACUCCUGAGCAGACUACCAUGGAUGGCUCUGCCCCGGAACCAAAUUACUUUAACCCUCUGGACCUGGUCACCCCAGCCGAUCUACAAUCCUAUGGCUUCAUUCCUGAGCUUAUCGGGCGUAUACCUACGACUGCUGCCUUAUCUGCCCUCACACACUCCUUGUUACUGCGUAUACUUACAGAGCCGCGCAACUCGCUAGUGGCACAAUAUGUCACGCUGUUCUCCCUCUCCGGCAUCGAGCUCCGCUUUACCACCCCGGCUCUUCAUGUGGUUGCGUCGAAUGCCCUCGCCAUGGGCACAGGAGCUCGAGCUCUACGAACGGAAAUGGAGACCAUCCUUGGUGAUGCUAUGUUCGAAUCGCCCGGAAGUAGCGUCAAGUAUGUUUUGGUGACCGAACGUGUGGCAAAGAGAGAAGAAGGAGCCAUCUACUUUGGGAGAGGCCAAGGAGGCAAGUUCCACGCUCUUAUCGCUCAGGAGGAGGGUGACUGGGAAGACAAGCAGAAGAAAAAAGACCCGGACCGGAAAGGCGAGGCGGCAUCCGCCAGCUUCGAAGAUUGGAGAACAAAGACAACAAUAGCUGCUGGAGGCGGCGGCUGA